UCGACUGUUGCAGGAUGGCUUUGGUUGGUGUGGGUUGAACAGGAUGACAUCCGGUUGGUUUCUUUGUCACCGCGAUGGCUGGCUGGGAGAGCUGCAACAUCGGGCACCGCGGGCCGGCCGGCCGGCAUUCAUAGAUGAGUGAUACCUGGGCAGGUAAUGAAGGGUGGGAAUGAAAAGCUGCCGGCGCUUGUUUUUGAGGUGCUUACGCCUUGGGCACCGACGUAAAUGUAGGUUUCUGGGCCGGUUUCUGGAUUACCUUCGUUAUGGACGUCUUUGUGUUGUCUCCCUUGCCUACAACUCCUUCACCAACAGUGACGUUAUCAUUGAUUCUCUUUUUGAGCCCAUUUAUUGGUUGGUGGAUCAUGUGACAAGAUGGUUUGGCAUAGUGUUUGUGGCCCUGGUCAUUAUACUGACGAGCUCCAUCGUGUUGAUAGUUUAUAUCUGCGUGCUGCCUCUCAUUCUGCAGACCUACUCUACAAGCUGGAUAUGUUGGCACGUCUGCUAUGGACAUUGGAAUCUCAUUAUGAUAGUCUUUCACUAUUACAAAGCAAUUACAACCUCGCCUGGAUACCCACCACAGAAUAAGCUGGAUAUUCCAUCUGUGUCUGUGUGCAGGAAAUGUAUAGCACCAAAGCCUGCUCGGACACAUCACUGUAGCAUCUGCAGUAGAUGCAUUCUGAAAAUGGAUCAUCACUGCCCUUGGUUGAAUAACUGUGUGGGCCACUACAACCACCGCUAUUUCUUCUCCUUCUGCCUGUUUAUGACCAUGGGAUGCAUCUACUGUAGCAUCAGUAGUCGUGUCAUGUUUCAGGAGGCCUAUACAGCCAUAGAGAAAAUGAAACACCAAGACAAGGCCAUGCUUCAGGUUGCUGUUAAUGAGACCUAUAACCAGACACCACCACCCAGCUUUUCCUUUAGAGAAAGGGCUUUCCACAAGUGCAUCAUCUACCUGUGGGUACUAUGCAGCUCUGUAGCACUGGCGCUUGGUGCCCUUACAUUGUGGCACGCCAUGUUGAUUACCCGUGGGGAGACCAGCAUAGAAAGACAUAUCAACAAGAAAGAACGAAAGAGACUGCAUGCAAAAGGAAAGGUAUUCAAUAAUCCAUACAGUUAUGGUCGAUGUCAGAACUGGAGAAUAUUCUUUGGUGUAGAAAUUGAACAGCAUUGGAUAAGUAGAGUUCUGUUACCAUCCUCCCACCCCCCAGAUGGAAAUGGUGUAACCUGGAAUGCACCAUCCUGGACUCAAAAUAAGCAGAAAUCUCUCCUUGCAAUAUGACUUGAGGUUUUUCUAGGGAAAGACGCAGAACAUGUAAACCACAGCAAGGCAGAGAUGAUGUUUCUUGGUAGAGCCUCUGAGAUAUUUGUACUGUAUUAAAAAUAGAACCCCAAUAUUUAAUACCUUUGAUAACUGCAGCAUAUUGCUUGCACCCCUCAGGUAGGGAUUUAAUUAAAUUGAACAGACUUUGUAUUAAGACACACGUCAGGUGUUUAGAAAAUAGUAAUCACGCUACCAUAAUUUAUUGCUGGUACCCUUAAAAUCUAGUAUAGACAGCAGGCCAGGCUGUAAUACCAGUAUAGGACAUUUUAAUAAACUAGAAACAAGGAGCCCCUGCAACCAAAUUUGCCUUUAACAAGAAAUAAUUAGGCUCUUUAUAUUCCUGUAACCCAAUCAUGUUUCUUGCGAGAUAUAUUGGCUCCCAUUGUUAAUGUUAUGUAAAUACAUGUGUGGAUGCAGACCUUUACACACCCAUAACACUCUUUAAAAUAUUUUGCACAAAUUAAAUUUUGGUGAACAAUUGUGUGUGUGGCAUCAUCCAGUACAAAAGUUUCUUCAAACAAGUUUAGGAAACUUUAUUUAUCGGUGUCAGGGCAAUGUUUUAGUAUUUUUGUUAAAUGGUAUAUGUUCCAUCUUAAAUCAGUGUGAUUAAUGCCUUAAAAUGUGUGCAUUAAAGAUCUAGAUUUAACGUAAA